CCUCAAGCGUCCCCCCAUGUACCUCCUCGUCCAGAGUUUAUUCCAUUUACAAUCCCGUACCUCUGUAUGUCGAAACCGUAUGAUGGCAAAGAUUUCUGGUCAUAUCCAGAGCGUUGUGGGUGGAUCAUCGAUGCGAAAGACACGCAGUGUCAUGUCCUCUGUCCUCCUGGCGUCUGUCGAGAUGGCAUGGACACGGAGGAGCUGCAGGGCGACACACAAGUGCGAAUAUUCUCUCGUUCAGACGGCAGUGUCGUCGUUGCUUCAGACAAAAUUGCGUUCUUGCAAGCAUGGCUUUUCUUCGGUGUCCUUACGGAAGUGUCGGAUUUGUGUGGACUCGACAUUGAUUUGGCAACUGAAUUCUUUCUCGAAGACGGAUCGGUUUCGACGGCUAGGCUCAAUGGUCUGCCAGGACGAUGGUUCAAGGUUGCAGUCAUAUCUGGUCGUGCAGGGGACAAAGUGCUUAUGGAACGCAUUUUGACCAUUGCUCGUCAUUCUCAUUUGAUGCUGACCGAAGAACGAAGCAGUGAUGAAUAUACAAAGUUGACGUUCGAUUACUCGUAUGCCGAGUGCCGUGUCUUCCAUUCCUUGGAAAUUCUUGUUCGCACAGUCGGUCUUCACCUACUCCUACAUACCUACAUGCCAGGCUUUACCACAAUGGAAGAGGAAGGAUGGGGUCGAAAGAGAAUCGAGCGGAGCCUCAUCUGGCCGGCUUGGUAUAGGCGGCCUCUUAGUGAAGGGCUCUAUCAGCUCGGUGGUCUAGCGCGAGACAAGCUUGAAGAGCAAGGU